AUUUUAUGUGAUCCCACAACAUUUAAAUUAGUAUACAUUUUAUUAUUUUUUUAUCAAAAUUUACUAAAAUUUUAUUAUAAUCCCAAUCAAACACGAACUAAGUUAAAAAGAGAAAAUGAGGUCCAAAUCCAAUUUAAGAGUUUUAACUAAAAAUUAGCACUCCCAAAUUAUCGCGGAGUCGAUGAAUCAGCAAAUACAUACCCGCGCCAAGGACUCGUUCCUUUCCCCACGACAAAACCGUUAAUAUUCAUCCAUCAUUCAUUCUCCAUACUCACUCAAUUCAUUCUUUCUUUAAAUAUCUUUUGAUUUUUUAUUUUCUUUGAGAAAUUUCUCAUAUUUCUGUGCAUCGACCGUCAUGGAUGAACAAUAUGAUGUCAUUGUUCUGGGUACCGGCCUCAAGGAGUGCAUUCUUAGUGGCCUCCUCUCCGUCGAUGGACUCAAAGUUUUGCACAUGGACAAAAAUGACUACUAUGGAGGAGAGUCCAGCUCGCUCAAUUUGAUUCAGCUCUGGAAGCGCUUCAGGGGAGAUGAACAGCCCCCAGAGAAUUUAGGUGCUAGCAGAGAUUACAACGUUGAUAUGAUUCCCAAGUUCAUGAUGGCAAAUGGAACUUUGGUACGUGUACUUAUCCAUGCUAAUGUUACCAAGUAUCUGAACUUCAAGGCUGUAGAUGGUAGUUUCGUAUACAAUAAAGGGAAGAUCUACAAGGUUCCUGCAAGUGAUGUUGAAGCACUUAAAUCCCCAUUGAUGGGGCUAUUUGAAAAGCGUCGUGCUCGAAAGUUCUUUAUUUUUGUCCAAGACUUUGAAGAGAGUGACCCCAAAACUCACGAAGGGAUGGAUUUGAACAAAACCACAGGAAAAGAACUUAUUGCAAAAUAUGAACUUGAAGAUGACACAAUUGAUUUUAUUGGCCAUGCCUUGGCACUUCAUAAUAAUGAUAGUUACUUGGACCAGCCAGCUUUGGAUUUUGUGAAGAGAAUGAAGCUAUAUGCAGAGUCUUUGGCACGCUUUCAAUCAGGCUCACCUUACAUAUAUCCAUUGUAUGGACUAGGAGAAUUGCCUCAGGCAUUUGCACGUCUGAGUGCAGUUUAUGGUGGGACUUACAUGCUAAACAAGCCACAAUGUAAGGUAGAGUUUGAUGGGGAUGGAAAAGCUACUGGUGUGACAUCUGAAGGAGAAACUGCUAAAUGCGUAAAAGUUGUUUCUGAUCCGUCCUAUUUACCCGAUAAGGUCCAGAAGGUUGGAAAGGUUGCUCGUGCCAUAUGCAUAAUGAGCCACCCAAUCCCAGACACUAAAGAUUCUCAUUCGGUCCAAGUCAUUCUACCACAGAAGCAACUUGGUCGUAAAUCAGAUAUGUAUCUGUUCUGCUGUUCUUACGCACACAAUGUGGCGCCCAAAGGAAAAUAUAUUGCCUUUGUUUCAGCCGAAGCUGAGACAGACAACCCCGAAGUUGAACUGAAGCCAGGAGUAGACCUUCUUGGACCAGUAGACGAGAUCUUUUAUGAAACUUACGACAGAUUGGUACCCUGUAAUAACAGUGAUGCUGACAAUUGUUUCAUUUCCACAAGUUAUGAUGCAACCACACACUUCGAGUCCACUGUAACAGAUGUUCUAGCCAUGUACACCAAGAUAACUGGAAAGGUUCUUGAUUUGUCAGUAGACCUGAGUGCUGCAAGUGCCGCUGCUGAAGAAUAAGCUUCAUUUUCUCCUCAUUCUUCGAACAAUUCGCCUAGUCUAUAUCAGACAUUCAAAAUGGUUCUGAUGCUUUCAGGCAAAUCACUAUACGCUUUGCAUUAAGUUCCAUCAAGAAAAUUUUGCUGGAAAGAGUUUUUUGGACUGUAUGUUUGUUAGAUCUUGCAAUAUGACCAUCGUUUUUCAUAGGUUUUAAAGAGCUGUGUUUAUUGCAUCUCUAAUUCAUGCAAUAUAACUUGCGAUAAUCUGAAAACACAUUGAAUGUUUCAUCACUCUUUUCAACUUA